AUGCUUUACUCGCGUUCGGUUAUACUUUUGGUGUUUAUUAUGUUUGUUUCCUAUGCGAAUAUGGUGGCUUGUAGAAACAUUAUGGUAGAUCAAAACAUUGAAGGUCUUUGUGUCGGUGGAAUAAUGGAUGUUUGUGGUGGUGCAACACUCCAUAUCUAUAAUAUAGAUGACAGCCGAUGCGCAGCAAAUGCUUCCUGUUUUUGGGCCGGAGAAGCGAAGGUGAAAUUGCUUCUUUCUAAUAAUGCGGGUUCAAGUGUUGUAGAUCUGAUCGUCGGUAAAAAGCCUCAAAACAGUGCUCAAGUAACUCUCGGUACUACUGUAUACACUAUUACCCUUGAUGAUGUUGUUCCAUAUCCUACAAUACCAAUGAAUAGUAAUGCAUCUGAAGCUCUCGUUCAAGUCACAUGCACAUGA